GCUACCGUCAAGGAAUACUGUGCAUUCCCCCGGUAGCUGGGAACCUCAUAACUAAUACAAGUUAACUUACGAAGCUAAAACGUGCUGUCAGCUGAGUUUUUGGUCAAGCACAAGCCAGCUCGGGGAGUUUUUUAUUUUCUUUUGGGCAGUGUGAAGAAUAUAUUUAAAACAAAGUAGCUACUCUCACGAGGUUGUUAUAUGACUAUCUUCAAGGCCAAAACCCGAUAAUGUCCUUGCAUAGCCGGUCAAAGUCCAUCGAUGCCACGCAAUCAGACAAAUACCCUGCCGCCUUAGCUGACCUUCCAGGACUACCGGAAAAGAAGCCGACGGGAGCGGUUUCCUCUACGUUAGAUGCAAAGACAAGAGGUGGAGCAUGGGGCAGACGCGAGAACAAUGACAACGAAUUUCGAUAUCAUGGAAAACUAGAGGAAAGACUAUGGCCCACAGAAGAUCCGCCGACGUUGGUUACCGCAUCUGCUUUGCGAGGUGCUUGUGAUGAUGAAAAUGGCGGCGAUGUUAUGGGGAUGGACGGUGGGACAUUUGUCAAGAGUUCAGUUUUGACGAAGACGGAGGAUUUGGAUAUUGGUCUUCCCAUUUUCGAGCCCAGCUUCAAAAUCGAGAGACAUUUGUCAAAAGUUUCAACGCAGCAUACGCUCAUCAAAGACGAUCCGAUUCUCGAAGAUGCCCCAAGUACUUCCUUGAACUCGAGGAGGAGUGCCACCCCACCACCGCCUGUUCCAGGCAGCGCAACGAAGCCGUCAAGACCAGUGACAGUCAUUGGGAUGGGGCCAGCACUUUCUCUAAGCCAUAUAAACUCGCCCUUGGCUUCCUUGGAUCGCAGUAAAUCCAUGUCGUCGGCAUCUACGGUUACCAAGAGCGAUGAAUUGCCCACAUUCUCCAACCUGCAGGAGCUUUCACAGCGGAUAAAAGAGCGAUUUGGACCAGAGAUUGGAAGUACCCUUUCGUUGGGCAACUUUGCAUUCAGCUCGUACCCAGAGAGUGCUCGAAGUACGCUCAAUUUUGGUCCUCCGGGAAGCGGUGCCCGAUUGUCAUCCCAACAAUCAUAUAGCCCUCGUUCGUCGUCCGGUGCACAUACUCGACAAGCAUCUCAUGCCAGCGAUUCGCUACGCCAAGGUCCAUCUCUCGGGCCGCUUCGAAUCGAUACAAAAGGAGUUGACGCUGAUAGUCCUAAUGAUAAUGUCACAACCGCCCUCACUACCGAACUUCCAACUUUUAAUUUCUCUCCUCUCGCUCUACAAUUUCCCACCUUGGAGGAUCCGAAUGCCGCUCCCCCACAGGCACAACCUUUAUACGACGCAAAGAUGGCUGCACCAUUACGGACAGAUGGCUCUGUACCUGUUUUUAUGUACUUGGAGGACGAUACCUGCAACAUGUUCACCGUAUCUCCAAACACUACCGUCAACGAAGUACGAAUGGAGGCUUUGAACAAGAUGGGAGUUGUGGAGGUUUUAGAGAGUUUUAGGGUAUUUCUAAUGGACGUUGGAAUGAAUGGCACCCCCAUCGAAACUCGCAUAGAUCCAAAUACACCCAUAGAUCACAUACAUGCCCCACCGCCCUCCACAAUUAAACUCCGUCUGCGCCGAAAAUCAGAAAUCAAGUGGUCAAUACCUGUGCAAAUAGAGGAAAAAAAGUCAAAGACUCGGUGGAUUGUAGUAGGAUCGGAAACCAAAGUUGAGGAUGUUGUCAAGAUCUUGGUGGCUGUUGAGGGGUUGGAAGAGGAGAUUGGGUGGGGUUUGUGGGUCAAUGAUGAAACAGAAUCGAGAUUCCUGGAGCCAGCAGAGAAGCCUUUUGAACCGUGGAAUCGAACUUCCAAGUACUCGUUCCGCAAAGUGGUUCACAAGCGCACAGCCAAGCUGGCGGGUAUCCUCGGUCUACCAUCCAGUACUGACCUAGAUGCUCUCGUAGUCAAAGAAGCGAGGGAAGCCGAAGACCUCAAGCGACGUAAUGACGCGUUGAGAUCACAAAAGCUGGCAUAUGUUCUCGGCAUUGAGAACCGGAAGAGUGUGAAUUCACCUCAGAGGCGGCCGUCAAAGGCCUUGAGGAAGAGUGGAGAUAGUUAUAGCGAAGAGGGGCUUCUGAAGGGAAGCAGUAGCAAGAGUUUGAUCAACCUCAACCAGCCAGAGGAUCCUAAUGUGUCAACAGGUGAUGCAGGACCCGCUAACGUUGUCCAAAGCCGUCGCCGCUCAGCUUCCGCAUCGGUCAGCUCUCUCUUUGAUCCACCGGUAGUUGUCCAUCAAAAGCCAUCACGCCCAAUGUCAGCAACGGUGAGCAAAAAGAGCAGCGCUGCCUUGUUCAAUCUGCGAUCGAGACAUUCAGUAGCCGGCGAGUUGAUGAAUGCUGCAUCAGGAGGGACAGUUGCGUCGCAGGAACCAGCCAAACGAACAGAAAAGCUUGCAGACUUUUUUGGUAUCGCAAAACAGAAAGAGAUGGAUGAGAUUCAAAGUAUGAUCGCCAAACGUUCGUCAAAAGGGGAUAGACCGCUAUCGAUUGGUCCACCACCACCCCUCCCCAACGCCGCAUCUCAGUUCAUUGUUCGUGUUCACUUUGGCAAUCUUACCUACAGUAACCUCCGUCUUCCAAUGCCUGCCUCUGUAGCAGAGGCAAAGUUAGCCUUAAUGAAUAAGUUGAUGAUUAAAGAUACAGGAGAACAGUAUGGCCUGUUUCUAUGUGCGCCGCAUUCUGGAAAUGAACGGGAGCUGCACGGUGAUGAGAAGAUGUACGAUAUAAUGCUAAAGUGGACAGAUAAUGAAUUCUUCUUGUUCAAGAGAAAGGCAACUAAAAACUUGUUGAGGCAUAAGCCGAUAUCCCAUAACGAACUCCGUAGCUUCGAGAGUACAUACACUUUGGAAGAGCAACAAGCACCCUCCGCGAAACGUGUUGCAAAACUCGCAGGAUUUUUUGGCGUCAAUGCCGAGGAAGAAAGUUCACCAGAAUACGGCGAGCUCUUCAAAGUUUUCAAGGCGCUCUCCUCGUCAACUACAGCACCCGUCUCGACGAUUCCCCGGACUACAUCUUUUUCCUCUUCUUCCUCUUCGUUCAGUAGAGCCAUGAACCGUCCGAUUCAGAUUCCGACCACACUAUACAAAGAGGGUUGGUUACAUAUUCACAACGCAACCAAAAAAGCAUGGACGUCACAUUGGGUCAAUCUCGAUAACCGUACCUUGAUUCUUCGCCCAAGCACAAAAAACGAGGCAGUCAUCUCAUCGUUUGCUACUGAGCGGGGCACAAUUAUCAUUCAAUUGGACGGAUGUGCUGUGGAGAGAGUAGAAUCCGGAAUGUACAAGCGCCCAUUUGUAUUUGUGGUUUUACAAAAGAAUGGGGAGAAGGUUGUCAUGGCUGCCGGGUCUGAGGGUGAAUAUGCGGACUGGGUUAAUUGCUUAAAAGUGGGUGCACACGUGGGUGGUGGGAAAGAAGUCGAAACGAAGAGUCCAAGUGAGGCACCUUCGCCAAGUCCGGUAGCGUCCGAGCUUGCAAGAGCGGAACCGGCUUUGGUGAAAGAUAACAGUGAGAUUCCGGAAGUGGGAGGAAAGGAGAAGGAAGUUAAAAUGACGAUGGCGGACUUUGAGAUACAUAAAGUUAUUGGAAGAGGAAAGUUUGCAAAGGUCCUGCUCUGCAGUCGAAAAUCAACCCAAAAGGUCUACGCCAUCAAAGUCCUCACAAAACCGCAAGCGUCUAUAGACACAGAUGUUCCUUCUUCUCCAACGUCCACCGAUCCACGAACAGAAAGCCGUAUCUUGCGCUCAAUUCACCACCCCUUCAUCGUUGGUCUUCACUACGCAUUCCAAUCACCCGAGCGUCUUUAUCUGGUAAUGGAGUAUGUGAACGGUGGGGAGUUGUACUUUCACGUUAGUCACUUUGGCCGAUUUUCGGAGGAGAGAGUUCGGUUUUAUGCUGCAGAGUUGUUAUUGGGUUUGGAAUGUCUUCAUGGGAAAGGUAUUAUUUAUCGAGAUCUGAAACUAGAAAAUAUCCUAUUAACGAGGGACGGGCAUGUCAAAAUCACGGAUUUCGGACUCAGUAAGCAUGAAAACGAGAAUGACAUCCCAGAAGAUGAAGACUCUGAUACAAUCUCUGUGGUUGGAACGUUGGAAUAUCUGGCUCCAGAAGUGUUGCAAGGACAUCCGCACACCGCAGCAGCCGACUAUUGGGCUUACGGUGUGGUGGUAUUUGAAAUGCUUUGCGGUUUCCAUCCCUUUUACUCUGAAGACCGCGAAGAGAUCCGGUUAAACAUCCUCGACGCGCCCAUCGAAUUCCCGUCGCACGUAUCACCUCUGGCACAAGAUUUCAUUCACAGAAUCCUAGACCGAAACCCUGCGAAAAGAUUGGUGCGAAAGAUGGUACAGCAGCAUGCAUUCUUCAAGGGUGUAGACUGGAUCAAGCUGUUUAAUAAGGAGGUAGAAGUACCUUUCAGACCAGAACUGAGAGACGACUACGACGUCAGCUUCUUUGAUGAGCAAUUCACAGAAGAGCCACCGUCUCUCACUCCGUCUGGAUCUUUGGACCGUGGGUUGAAUGACGUAGAUGGGUUCUCUUUUAGAGGAAGAGAUUCCGUAGCAUCGAAUGCAAGCGUAUGGCAUGGUUAGACUUUGGACAUAGUUUAUUUACUGUAUUAUUGUUAUUGUUUCUGAAUUAGUGCGCGAUGAUGGGUAAGAUCUGAGUUUCCACCGAGGAACUUUGCGAUGGGGUUUUGUUUAUAAUCUUUCAAAAUGGAUGACGUAUGCAGGA